AAGUCACUGAAGGCAGCCGCCUGACGUCGCCUGUUUUGUUUUUCAAGGCGGGAUAUGGGGGUUUCAGCCUCGACUUUGCGUACUGUGUCCUGCUUAAAACCAAGAUCCGUUUUGUUAUAGUCUACGAUUUAACAAUCUUAAUUGAAAUAUCUAAGUUCAAAUGUUUGGUUCAGGUUUCCGAGUUAUUUAAAAAUCGUAAGUCAUUGCUAGUCAAUCCUCAGGUUUGCUAACGUUAGCUAAGGAAGCAGUCCUGGUUUGACGGCUGACUGAAGGUUUGACUAAGAUAACGUUAAGCGAUGGAGAGUUCAUUGGUAAAAGACAACCCACUGCUUUUACCUCUCAACAAGGAGAAAACUGUGUAUAACGGAUUCAUCACAGUCCAAUCAUGCUGUGAUUCUCAUAGGAACGAGACUUCAGAAUGAGAAUACUACUACCACCAGAUCGCCAACUUAAACGGGCAAGGCUGCACUGCUGUUGGCAGUUAAAACACCUGUUGCGUGGGUAUGAACACAUAGUGAAGCAGAGGCUGCAGCAGUCGGCUGAUCUUGUCAGUUUCAUUCUGGAGCUGAAGACUGUCUUGGAAGUGGGUCUGAAGAGCCAUCCUAAGUGCUGCUCCAUCCCGCCUCCACAGUACUACUCUCAGCUCAUCUCUGAGAUGGAGACCCUUGGGUGGGUCAAGCUGCUCUUCAUAGACGCAGAGUUCCGAAUGCUGAAACUGAAUGUGGCGGACUCCUCUGGAAGGCAGCACAUUUUCACUAUUAAACUCAAGCCUAAGCACCCUGCAGAGGCUCCUGACUGCUCAGCUGACCUGCCAAUCCAUCUGGCCAUAACCUGGACACCACAGAGUACUCUGGACCAUCUCCACAGCCAGUUCCUGCUGGUUUUGGAGUCCCUGACCGAGUUCUGGGAUGUCCUGGAUGAGAUUGACAGUAAGACCUGGAUUCUGGAGCCGGAAAAACCCAGCCGGUCUGACACCAUGAGGCGUAUCGCCAUCGGAAACAACAUAUCCAUCAAAGUGGAGGUGGAUCCCAGACACCCUAAGAUGCUGCCAGAGUGCUGCCUGCUGGGACCCGAGCAUGUGGUGACUCCGCUGAGGAAUAAGCUGAACGCCAACAUGCACUUGUGGAACCUGGACUCCAGUGUCUUGCACAACCUCCGGGAUGUUUUGGAGAUCGAAUUCCCGUCACCUGCCACCCACGAAAAAUCUAGCUUCAACGUUGAGUGUGGGAUCUGUUACUCCUAUCGUCUUGAAGCUGCGAUCCCCGAUCAGGUGUGUAAUGACCCUCGCUGUGGCCAGCCCUACCACCAGGCCUGUCUGUAUGAGUGGCUGCGAGCGCUCCCCUCCAGCAGGCAGAGCUUCAACAUUGUUUUUGGAGAGUGUCCUUACUGCAACAAGCCUGUUACUGUGAAAAUGGCAGGCCAGAAGUCCUGAGAAGUGGCUUUUUGUUCCUGUCAGCUCCAUCUCGACAGUGCUAAAACUAAUAUAUCCCUUACCUGCUCAGAAGUCGGUUUUCUUGUUCAAAAGGGUUUAAAUGCACUUUGGCAAACAAGAACAGUACCCAAGAAAAAGAAGACACCCACAAAGACAAACCAGGAAAACAGUCCAUUCUUCUGUGUGGGACCAGCUUCCUGUUCUGAACCUCUGAGAACAGACCCUUCCCAUUCACCAAAACUGUCUCUGUGGUCAUAACAGAGGUCACUGUCCCACCACUGUUGAUGGCUGUAGCCUGCACUGUGGUUGAGCAGUCUUUCAUCCCAUCUUCCCCUGUUGUCCAUGUGUGUUUGGUCAUUGGCAUCACAGUUUGUCAGUAUGCGUUUUCUACUUUGCGGGUGGAGUCGUCGUUCCUGUCUUCCUGAGGACACGGUGAGGUUGUCUGUUUUCUUGCCACUCCAUUUGGAUUUAGCUUUCUGUUAAAGACGGUAAUUAAAGUGUUUGCUCCUUCAAAAUUGGCAAUAACCUGAAGAAUUCUACUGUACUGUAUGUGAAUAACUUUCUAACCUUCUUGAGAACUUGAGUCACAAGAAGAAGUCUGAAGGUUUUAAAACAUUUUUAUAAAGGCUUACUGACAAUAAAAUA